AUGUCAUCUCAUUCUUCCAUUGGGUUCAUCGGGUUUAGCCCAGAAAAAGCCAAAAUUGCAUCGGCUUUACAAUUACACCUCUCCGGUACAACCAGAGUAUACGACACCUCAUCAGAUAGUGCUGAGCUCUAUGAAGCUGGGCAAGUACAACGAUCAGACUCAGUCCAUCAUGUUGCCCAGCACAGCCAGAUUAUCUGGAUUGAGGAGAAGGACGCUGAAGCUUUGAGUGAGAUGCUUCUGGGAUCGUGUUCUGGUCUUAUACACUCAUUGCCCAAGGAUGCAUCCCUCAUACUUGAAUGCCUGACUCAACCAGACUACUACCAAGACCUAGCCUCUCGCCUUGCCAAAGCUGGUCGACCUGACAUCAAAAUCCUUGACUGCUCUGUUAUCGCACCGAGCAGUAGGACCAAGAGUUCCAUCUGGAUCUCAGGUUCAAAAGCAUCCCUCAAAAGCGUAUCUUUCCUGUCAGAGGCCCAUGAUAACGUGCAUGUCAUUUCCGGUGGCCUUGGAGCAGCGAAUAAGCUACGCUUGACAAGCUGUUUAUUAGAGGCGACACAUACUGUCACUGCUGCCGAGGCUACUGGUCUUGCGUCGAAAGCAGGCAUUGACGCGAAUGAGAUAUACAGUAUCAUCAUCAAUGCUGCAGGGAAUUCCUCUGCAUACGAGGAGCUUGUCCCUCAUAUGCUGCAGGGAGAUUCGCAGUUGAAGCCGUCGAUUGAGUCGCUGUUGCAUAAAUUUAACAUUGUCACAUCUUCAUCCAAAAGUCUCAACUUCCCUUUACCACUGUGCUCUGCCAGUGAGCAAGUCUGCCUGCUCGCCUCCGCCCAAGGAUAUGCCCUCCAACAUGUCUCCAGCCUAGUCAAGCUGUUCAAACCGCAGAACGAGAAGCCUACGUCCAUUGACUCUACUGGGAACUAUUCCAACAAAACCUCCAUCAACGUUACUCCACCAAAGACACCACCAUCAGCGGCAACGAUUGGUAUGGUUGGCCUUGGAGCAAUGGGCCAAGGCAUGGCACAGUCCCUCGUACGAGCCGGCUUCUCUGUGCAAGGCUACGACGUUUGGGCCCCCUCAGUCGAGAAGUUCGCAGCCAGUGGCCCGAGUGGUAUGUCCAUCGCUGCCACUUCACCAGCUGAUGCCGCGAAAGGUACAGCUGCGCUGAUACUCAUGGUUCAGAACGCUGUGCAAGCGUGGGAUGUGCUGUUUGGCGCUGGCAAGGCUGCCAAGGAGCUGUCUGAUGGCGCGACGGUUAUACUCAGCUCAACUGUUCCACCAUCUGAGGCUCGUCGCAUUGGUGAUAAGUUGGAGUCCUUGGAUAGAGGUCUUAGCCUUGUGGAUGCACCUGUCAGUGGAGGUGUUGCUCGUGCAGCAAAGGGUGAUCUCACGAUGAUCUGCUCAGGAACAGUUUCAGCACUCUCAUCCGUCCGCGGGAUCAUCCUCGCCAUGGCCGGCAAAGACUCCAACAUCUAUAACGUCAAAGGCGGAGUCGGCGCAGCAUCUUCAGCCAAACUCAUCAACCAGCUUUUAGCAGGCGUCCACAUUGCAACGGCAGCUGAAGCACUAUCAUUCGCAUCCCGUCUUGGUCUCGACACGCGACAAGUAUACGACAUCUUCAAUGACUCUCCCGCCUGGAGCUGGAUGUUUCAGAACAGGGCUACGCAGAUGCUUGAUGCCGAUUGGACUCCCCACUCGGCUUUAGCAAUCUUUGUCAAGGAUCUUGGUAUUGUUUUGAAUGAAGCGAAGAGGCUGGCUAGUUAUACGCCCAUGUCGGCGGUGGCUCAUACCCUUUAUAUCGAUGGAGCUGCUCGUGGGUGGGCUAGAGAGUCGGAUGCGGGCGUGGUAAGGCUCUGGGAGGUUGCUGGGUCAGACGUUAGUAAGAGUGCGUCUGCCAAGGUAUCACCGCCUGCUGCUGCCUGCGAAGACUGCGUCAAGCCAUUGGCUGCAAAAUCCACAUUUGCUGCUUUUCCAGCCGAAUGCACCGCCGAUCUGAUUGAGUCAACAAAAGCUCGCGUUGACAGCGGUGCCAUGCCUGUUCUGAUCGCUCUCGACGAUGACCCCACGGGAACCCAGACCUGUAACAACAUCGACGUCCUAGCCGUCUGGGAUGUCGACACUCUCAAAGAGCAAUUCGCAACAGAUUGCCGCGGCUUCUUUAUCCUGACAAACAGCAGAGCUCUCCCACCUACCGAAGCAAAGGAGCUCAUUAUCGAGAUCACGACAAACGUGAAAAAGGCCGCCGAGGAAAGUGGCAAGGCCUUCGAGAUAGUUUUGCGCGGCGACUCAACGCUGCGCGGACAUUUACCCGAGGAACCUGAGGCAGUUGAGCAGGUCCUCGGUAAAUCCGACGGUUGGGUCUUUGCACCUUUCUUCCGUCAGGGAGGCAGGUUCACUAUUGACGAUGUACAUUACGUGCAAGAAGAUGACACGCUCAUCCCUGCGGCGCAGACUUCCUUUGCAAAGGAUGCUACAUUUGGUUAUAAAAGCUCCGACCUUCGGGAGUAUAUCCUCGAGAAAUGCGGAUCGCGAUUCACAGCAUCAUCCUUUACGUCCAUCACCCUUGAGGAUCUACGCUGCGGCGGGCCUGCCAAGGUUGAAGAGAAGCUUUUGAGCGGAGAGCGCGGUGCUGACCGUGUCAUUAUUGUCAACGCUGUUGCGGACUCGGACAUGAACGUCUUUGUCGCUGGCCUUUUGGCUGCUGAGGAACAAGGGUACCGCUUCAUCUACCGCACUGCUGCUGCCUUUGUAUCGUCGAGGCUUGGAAUCAAAGAAAUUCCACCCAAGACUUGGGCUGAGGUGUCGCUAAAGGCUGAUGUCAACGCCCCAAGGACUGGUGGUCUCAUUCUGGCGGGGUCGUACGUACCCAAAACAACAGCGCAGCUCAAGGCGUUACGUGAGCGCAGGGGUGCCGAUCUUGAAGUCAUUGAGCUAGAUGUAGCUCAGCUCAUUGAGUCUGCUGAACAGGAGCAAGGGAUGGUGGACCACGCUAUCUCCGAGACUACCAGACUUAUCGGCGCUGGCAAAGACGUCUUGGUCAUGACUUCACGGACAUUGAUCAAGACCGAUGAAGCAAUCUCAUCGCUGAAGAUCGGCUCCAAGGUGGCUGCUGCACUUGUCCGUCUCCUCGUCAACAUCCAGGUGCGGCCACGCUAUAUUAUCGCCAAGGGAGGAAUUACGUCCUCAGAUGCAGCCACCAAGGGUCUCAAGAUGAGGAGAGCUUUGAUAGUGGGCCAGGCUGCUCCGGGCGUGCCUCUAUGGAGGUGUGAUGAGGAGACUAGUCGCCAUCGGUCUGUGCCGUUUGUUGUAUUUCCUGGAAAUGUUGGUAGUGAGACAACUCUGGCUGAAAUUGUUGAGCAAUGGGCACUUUGA